AUGAUGAACGAAUACCAGUGUCGCAAUUUCCUGGCUGAACAAAUCUUGGAGGAGAUGGGUAAAAAUGUCAUCCAGGGCCGGAUCGGUAAACCAUACGAACCCAGUAAUAUGAGACAGAAGUUGACAAGGCGUUCACAAGACGUGAGGAGCAACUUUAUGUACGACGUUGGAUCGACUAAUUAUCAAGAAUGGUUGGCGAAAGCUGCAGCCCUCAAUGAAGUAUACCAGCAAUACAAUGCAGUUACUGCGAACUCUACCGCGCCUACCCCUACAGACUCAAGUUACUCUACUCAAACAUUUCCUGCCCAAAAUAUACCCUCACAGACGUUUCCUAACCAGAAUUUGCCCGCACAGAAUACUUAUCAACCAGGAUAUUCUACCCCGUACCCCGUACAGAGCGUUGUCCCGUCAAUCAAUAACAGAGAGGGUUACGAAGUGUAUGAGGCUGGACAGGUCUCAGGGUAUGCUGAACAAGAACCAGGAUACCAUGACGUUUCUAAAUACAGCGGAGGCUACGAAUACCACAUGCCCCCACCCCCACCGCCAAUCUACCAUCCACCAUCGGCGCACGGACAUGAGAUAUCAGCACAUGCUCACGACGUGGAAUAUGUUGAGGAGCGUGACAGUCACCACCUCGGUCUUUCUGAUCUUUUUGACAUCUCCUUGACAGGCAUAGCAUUCCUUUCAUUUGGCAUGUUCGUGCUACAAGUGCUUAUGUGUAUUACAAUGACUCAACAACCAACUCAAGUUAUGCAAAUGGUUGACAAUGGCGACGAUACCGUGAACAUGGAAGACGUAUUUCGAAUCAAAAGACAAACCGACAAACAAACAGACUAUGGAACUGGUCGGAUAUUAGAUAAGAUACCGAAUGGUGCAAUGGAAUAUAAAAGCGUCGAUUGGGCCAAUUAUGGCCAAAGAAAACAUAAAAUAGAGCAUGAUGCAAGAACGGAUGGAAUGGAAAUAUCACGUGCCCGAUUAUUGGCAAAGAAAAAUUCUCUCACCGCGACUAACACUUUAGCUCGCUACGCUUUGAUGGCUCUGAAACCUCGAUCAACCACAUGUCUGUACAGAGCCUUAUGUUUGGGUAACAAACGUAUCAGAUAUAUGCACGAUAGCAGCAGAUAUUGGCUACCAGUUUGGCAUGCCGGUGUAGCAUGGACGCGCGGCGGCGCCCUAGGUGCGGUACGUGCCGCGGCCCUCGGCCUGGGCGGGGCCGAUUGCGACACACACUACCCACCCGCCCACUGCCAGUCACCAGUUUAG